CCUUUCGCCUAGCCACCGCCACCGCCCUCGCGCCCUGCCGUCGAAGCCGAAGCCGAACCCUCUUCUCUUUAGGGCCCUCUAUUUGUUUCUCCCCGUGUGAUCCAUCCAUGCGAGGCUCCUGCAGCAUCUAGCAGGUCGCCCCGUCUGGCUCCACGCUACCCGCCCCGCUCCCGCCAUGUCUGACGAUAGCGACAGGCAGCGGCAAUGCAGCCGGGGCGUCACCGUCGACGUCGAGCUCGACGCCGCCAUGGCGCUCGCCGACAUGGCCGGGGUCGGGCCGCCCGGCGGAGAUCAGAACCCGCCGGUGCAGCUCGCCCCUCCUACUACUACUACUACUCAGGAGGACGAGGAGGAGCUGGCGAGCACGCGGCUGAGCCUGGAGCUGGGAAAGGUGGGCAUCCAGGCCUCCCCGUGCUCCAGCAGCUCAAGCGCCGGCGGCGGACCGCAUGCGCACCACCUGCAGGCGUCGUACCAGCAGCCCGCCGCGGCGUCGCCGGCGACUUGCUACGGGCCCCGGCCCCGGAACGCGCUCACCGAGGCCGAGAAGGAGGCGAAGCGGCUGCGGCGCGUGCUGGCCAACCGGGAGUCCGCCCGCCAGACCAUCCUCCGCCGCCAGGCCAUCCGCGACGAGCUGGCCAGGAAGGUCGCCGACCUCUCGUCGCAGAACGAGAACAUGAAGAAGGAGAAGGACGUGGUGAUGCAGGAGUACCUGUCGCUCAAGGAGGCCAACAAGCAGCUCAAAGAACAGGCACAUCGCUUUCCUCCCUGCUGCCUUGGGUUUCUUCUGGUGCUCUGAUUGAAUAAAUAAAACUCUCUACGUAAUCCUGUACUCGAGUCGACAGAUGACGUAGCACCACUUGCUGAUUAUAAUUACUACUAUAAGUACGCGUGCAA